AUGGAAAAACUAUCUGAAACACAAUUACCUCCAAAAGAAGAAUUCUAUUCAAAACUAAAUGAUGAAGGUAUAUCAGAUGAUGAUUAUCAACACGCUAUUAAUGUCUGGAAUACAUUCCAAUGUAAAACAAUUAGAGAUUAUCACAAUCUUUACCUAAAGUCUGAUGUUCUAUUACUAGCAGAUGUAUUUGAGAAUUUUCGAAAAACUUGUUUAAAGCAUUACAAUCUGGAUCCAGCACAUUACUACACAUCUCCUGGUUUGGCUUGGGAUGCAUGUCUCAAAGAAACAGGACAAGAAUUAGAAUUGUUGCAUGAUUAUGAUAUGUUGAUGAUGUUUGAAAAAGGUAUUCGUGGAGGAAUAUCUCACAUAACAAAAAGAUAUGCAGAAGCGAAUAAUAAAUACAUGAAAGAUUACGAUCCUGAUAAACCUUCUAAUUAUAUUCAAUACCUUGAUGCAAAUAAUCUUUAUGGAUGGGCUAUGUCACUAUCAUUACCUACUCAUGGUUUCAGUUGGAUGAAAGAUUUAACAAUAGAUUCUGUAGUUGAUUUAUUGGAUAAAAAGAGAAACCCAGAAGUAAAAAAAAGGAUAUAUAUUUGAAGUAGAUUUGGAAUACCCCCCUAAUCUAUGGAAAUCACAUAAUGACUAUCCUCUAGCACCUGAAAAAAUGAUUGUUAAUGGUGUUGAAAAACUAAUUUGUCAUUUUAAACCCCGAAAAAACAUUGUUGUACAUUAUCGAAAUCUAAGGCAAUAUCUUGAGAUGGGAAUUAGACUAACUGCUGUUCAUAGAGGAAUAUCAUUCUAUCAGAAUUCUUGGAUGGAACCUUACAUAACAAAGAAUACUGAACUUAGAAAAACAGCAACCAAUAGUUUUGAGAAAGACUUUUUUAAACUAAUGAAUAAUUCCGUAUUUGGAAAAACAAUAGAAAACAUAAGGAAACGACAAAAUAUAAUACUUGUUGAUAAUCGCCAGAAAGCUUCAAAAUUAACAAGUCGUCCAAACUUUGAUAGGGCAACAAUAUUUGAUAAAAAUCUUAUUGCAGUUCAUAUGAAAAAAACUGAAGUAUACUUUAACAAACCAGUAUACGUUGGACAAGCAAUUCUAGAUCUGUCAAAAACAUUAAUGUUUAAUUUUCAUUAC